AUGUCUCUAGAUUAUAUACCACCUCUAAUUGUUGAUGGACAGCCAAUAGUGCAAUUGAACAAAUUAGAGGUAGAGGAGGAAGAGAAGAAGUGGAAAUGUGCUUUAAUUGCCUAUAUCUUAGGGGAUGGACCUGGGUUUAAUGCGAUGAAGAGGUUUAUUAACCUUCACUGGUCACAUGUUCCAGAACCAGACCUAUUUUAUCAUGAUGAAGGCUAUUACAUAAUUAAGUUCAAAACAAUGGAAGAUGCUAAGGAAAUUCUCUGUGCUGGACCUUACUCUAUAGCAAACAGACCUAUAAUUCUCAAACCAUGGACUCCUGAUUUUGACUUCACUGAGGAAUUUCCUACUGAUAUUCCUUUAUGGGUUAAAUUUCCCAAGCUUCCUAUGUCCUGCUGGGGAAUGAGAUCAUUAAGUAGGAUUGCAAGUGUCCUAGGGAAGCCUAUUUUUGCGGAUGAAUGCACAACCAAACAGACUAGAGUCUCAUAUGCUCGGAUGCUUAUAGAGAUUAAUGUCACCAAAGAAUUGCCAAAUGAAAUAUGGGUGAUGGAUCCAAAUGGGAAGAAAUUCCUACAAGAUGUGUUCUAUGACUGGAAGCCAUCCUUUUGUGAGAAAUGUCAAACUAUUGGCCACAGAUGCACAGCCCAAGUGAAACCAGCUACAAACCAGCAUGCUCAAAUGAAGAAGGCAAAAGUAACACAGGAAUGGAGAACCAAGGCCCCUGUACAUGCUGCUCCUACUCAAAAAGAGACAACAAUAUCAGCACCACAACAGGUUGUCUCAAAUGAGAUAAAUGAAGGUCAGAAAGAGCCCAAUGAGCUACCAAGUCUGAUGCCAGAGAUGGGACAACAGGAAGAUAAAGGGAAAAAAGUUCAGAGCCCAGAAUUCAACCUCAUUAACUUCCCACCUUUGUCUCCUAUUCCUGUAAGUAAUAGAUUUGAAGCAGUGUCAAAUGGUAAGUAUGAGGUGCCACCAGGGGAUAGAGGUGGACCAAGUAAUUAUCAAUGA